UGUAAGCUCGCAAACGAGAGCGCGCGAGAUUUAAAUACUUCCGGUGACAAACAAACAUGGUGAUCUGCUUUGCGUUCGCAUGCAAUCAUAGAAGUGGCGCAAAUAGUUGCAAGUUCUAUCGUUUUCCGACUGACACAAAGAAAAGGACGUUAUGGGGAAAGAUAUGCAGGUCAGUAUUAAUGCAUCUAAAUGUAUUCAGCAUGUUUUGAAUGAAAUAUAUAAGCGAUCUUGACCGGAUUUCAGGACAUGACAUCUAAUCAUACAACUUAUUUCAUUGAUAAGCAAGGCGAUACCUGAGAACGAAUAGUGAGACUUUAUUUUUAAUGCGUUAUACAUCAAUCUAUAGAUUUGCGUUAGUCUGUUGAUAUAUUCACGAACCACAUGUACAUCUUAUGUGGACCAUUACGUACCAAUCUGAUUAAAAUCAAACCUUCCAAUACGACCAUCAAAAUAAAGGAGCUAGUAGGUUUGAUUUUAAACAGACUGGACCAUUACAAGUGCAUGUGUCAUCACCUGCGAAGUUCAAUAAGCAUAGUGAUACUGUCGAUGAAAAAUUAAAAUUAAUUUAGUAAAUUAUAAUACUGCUAUAUUUUUAUGCCUAAUAUAGUACCAAUAGUACAAGUAGAAUUGUUAAUACAUGUACUCGUAACAGUCUAAGUAGUCAUUAUUCAGCUGUUAUAAAGAGAAUUCAUGUUGUAAAUUGCGGAGCCCAUAGUCUAUUAUCAUGAUUAAAAUCAAUUAAACACUUGUUGAAAUAUACUGAUACACAUCAUGAUGUACAUAGUCUACUAGUAAUACUGAUGUACAUAUAAAUUUUGUCCGUCAAAUUCAAUACAUGUAUAUUGAAUUGCACCUCUAUUUCGUGUAUACAAUGAGAGAUAACAGUUGCGGUAUAUGCUGUUGCUUUGAAACUAUACAGACAACUGACUUUUCUUUAUUUAGAAGAGCUGAUCGACAACCAGAAAAUCAAAAUGACAGGAUUUGUUCCUGCCAUUUCAAAGAGGGGAAAAAGGAAGGAGAUCUUGUCUAAUUUGCAUGGAAUGACAAAAAGUACAUGGAUUUUCCUGAUCCAGAAAAAUCAGAUAGGAAAAGGAGGAAGACGUGCCAGUCCCAGUCCUGUGAAGCUAAAACAAAAACCCAGCGUCCAUCCUGUGAGAAAGAGCAGAUACAAGAUGCUGUUGAUUGUGAAGAUGUAGAACAUAGAUUAAAAAGUUGGAAGAAGAGUUAGUUGCUCUAAAGAUCAACAGCAAUAAAAGAAAACCCAUGACUGUAGCAGAAAUUAGGGACAGCGAAGAAAAGAUGCUGCUUUACACAUCAAUACAAUAUGAUGUCUUUGAAGUGCUUGUGGGACUGCUUGGUCGCUUUGAAUUAAAUUACUUUAAUGGUUGGUCACCAUCACUAAAUAUUGAAAAUCAGCUUCUGAUUGUUUUAAUGAAGCUGAAGCUCAACCUAAGAGACAUAGACUUGGCUCACAGGUUUUGUGUAAGCAGAUCUACAAUUUCCAACAUUUUUAACACAUUGGUUCAUGCCCUCCAUGAAAUGUUGUAUGUGGGUGUUGUUGACACAUGUUUCCCCAGUCAGCUUAAAUGCAAAGGCUCUAUGCCAAAGUCAUUUGCAGAGUUUUCCUCUGCAAGGGCUUCCAUGGAUGCCAUUGAGACAACCCAGGAUAUUCCUGGACACCUGGAUACACAGGCCAUGGCAUACAGUUCAUAUAAGAGCCGUCACACUGUUAAAGCAAUGACUUGUGUCGCCCCAAAUGCUGCCGUCACUUACUGUUCUCCUUUAUAUCCAGGAUCAACAUCAGAUGUUGCGAUUGUGCGUCACAGCAAAGUUCUUGAGAAAUUCAAACCUGGAGACCUAAUUUUAGCCGACAAGGGAUUCACAAUCCAUGAUCAAUUACCCCAAGGUGUGUGCUUGAACAUUCCAGCAUUUUUAUCCUCAAGAGGGCAGUUUACCAAGAAAGAAGCAGAACUGUGUUACAAAAUAGCCAGAGCAAGAAUUCACGUGGAACGGGCUAAUGAGAGGAUAAAGAACUUUGAAAUACUUCGCCACAUACCAGCAACCUACAGGCCAUUAUCAACCAAGAUAUUUCAACUUUGUUCCUCCUUGGUCAACUUGCAAGCACCUCUUUUGAAAGAAAUUUCAUAG